AAAACGAUGCAGUUGUUUAUUAACUUUUUAUAAUUGAGCUGUAGAGCAAGACUCAGUAGGCUUACAUGAAUUUAAUAAAAUAAAACAGAAGCUGUUGCGACUGGUAAUAUACUCCCCAUGCGUGUGCAACAGUUAUUGAUUACUUAUUGAUUUAUUAGUGUUAGGACAAUGAACUCUUAAAACAUUUUGUGAUUCGAUCAUGGAUAAAUCGUCAAAAAAGAAUAUUGUCAAGAUGGAUGAAAAAAUAGAUACUCCAGAGUUAAAAUGCAUGGAUGUUGUAAACUAUCGAAAAUAUUUUCGGACUCUUUGUUGGGGUGAAUACAGAGGAAUUGAUAGAAUUCCAAAAAAAGUACUAAAGUCGAAAGAUAAACUGAAAAAAUGGAGGGCACCUAACCCUCUUGCAACUUGUUUUGCCCCAUCCCUAUUAGGGAAUCCGUCACACUUUGCUGCCUUUGCUACCGUCCGUAGAACUAUUUUAGCUCGAAGCCGUGAACUUCAGGCUGCAGUAUUUGAUCUAUCUGAUGAUAGUGAAGGCGACAAUUUGAUGCAACAAGUAACUGUAACUAAUUUACCAAAGAUUACAUGCAUUGGACUGCGCACAGUUUUUGCUCUUAUAUCUGAGGCAAGGUUUUCAGAUGCCCAGUUCUGUGAACAAUCACUUAAAGCCUUAUUAGAUGUUCUACAAGGGCAUGCGCCUGAAGACCUGGGUCAUGAACCUAGUGAGAUUAUGUCAAACUUACACAUCAUGCUAGUGGAGAUAUCUGGCGGUACCGGGCCUACAGGACGGCUGGAAACGCCCUCAGCGCUUACAGCGCUUAGCAGUUCCUGUCUGAUAGCAUUAGCAGUUGCCCGUGGGGAAGCUGAACUAGUGCUUGGUGCUGUAACAUCACUUAUUAUGGCCCCACCCUCACUGACUGAACAAAAUAUACAGAUACCAACAAAUUUAACCAUUUUGCAACGAAGCGUACAGUCCGUGAUUCUGGGCUCACCGUCUCGCAACUUGUGGCUAAACUAUGGAGUGCCCCAUAAGUCUCUCAUAACAAGUUUCCCUGUCGACUUGCCUUCACAGUUAACAAUUGGCUCAGGGGAACUCGUAGUGCGAGCUCUGGUGUCUGAUGGUUGCUUUUUAUACGUAUAUACCUCUAAAGGUCUGUUGAAAAUUGGUUCUGGUUAUGGUAGUUCCAUAAGACAACAUGUCUACCUGUACAACCCGGACUUUUUUGCUAGCGACCGCCACGGUUGGCUGGGCUAUUGCCGAAAUAAAUUAUAUGUAAGAAUUGGAAGGAAAAAGAGUGAAGUACUCGAAGUUGAUAAAGACACUUUGGAAGUGAAGAGUGUGUUGCAUUUGGACACUGGCCAUCCUGGACCUUCGGAACCCAAGUCCGCCAUCUUCACUGAUAGCAAUCAGCUUGGAUCUAUCACGCUAUCAAACUAUGACAAUCUCAUCAUAAAAAUGUAUGACGUGGAGACGAGCGGAGUGGAAAGGACGCAAGGCGCUCGGCACACGUUGACCGCACGUCGAGAGUUCCACGUGCAUUUACUUCGGCGCCGGACUUUGGUCCUCGGAAGACCGCCAUUUGACGACGGUCUGUCAAGGCGAAUGGUGGACCUCGAUGCCCCUGUGGCAAUGCAGCUUGAUGACAACGAUGAUGAUCCACUGGUGGGCAUAAGCUCUGGGCAAGAUUUUGGACUUUUGACCACAUCGUCAGGGAAGGUCUACUACACUGGCAAAGGUACCACUCUGGGCUACAAGGUGCCUUCGCCUCAUACCGGUCGCUGGACUCUAAUAAAAGAGACUCUAUUCAACAAGAACGAAGCGCCGAAUAUUAAGAAGAGCAAAGUUGUGCAGGUGGCGUUAGGGCAUGAAGGUGUCCACGCUAUCCUCGUGUUGGACAAUGGUUCGGCACUAUUCACAGGCAUCGCGAGACGCGGGGAAGACGGGGAUGCCAUAAAGCACAGACGGACACCAAAGCCUACGCGACCGAAAAAAAUUCUUAGGGCGGAAAAACACCACGUCAUAUACGCGGCAUGUAACUACGGAUCGACUGCUCUGGUGACUCGUUCGGGCGAGUUACUCAUGUUCGGAAAAGACACGCAGCAUUGUGACGAGAACGGGCUCGUAACUGAUUUGCGAGACGUGAGAGUUAUUCAGGUGGCGUUAGGAAAAGCCCAUGCAGUAGCGCUCACAAACUUUGGUGAAGUGUACACGUUUGGCAUUAACAACAAAGGACAAUGUGGCAGAGAAUUUGGCUACACAAGAGAAAAGCCCUACAGAAGUACAAGCGCAAGUAGUGGCAAAGAAGAAGCACGUCUUUGCGUCGGCGUACACUCGUGGAGUAUGGAGUAUUGUAGAGUAUGCGUACUGUGCCGAGAAUGUACAGGUUUUGCGAGCGCUUGCAGUUACGCUGCAUCACCGAACCGAUUGCCUGGAGAGAAAUGUGGUUGCGGGGAAGGCGACCCGGGUUGUACUAUCUGCGGCGCUUGUCGGAGAUGCGCGGAGGCCUCCACGUCAGGCGUUCAAAAAUCACGCACUGACCAAUCCGCCUAUAACAAUGAAAAAGAUUCGAGUCAAAGUGAAGGUGAGACAGGGUCGGGACUGGGAUCAGCGGGGACCGCGGGAUCAGGGCCGGACUCGGAACGGGAGACCGUGAAAGUUAACUGCUUGCCUCCGGCUCGCGUCGUUGUGCCUGGGGGACAUCGAAUCAAUGCCGUCGCGUGUGGCUUACAUCACACUAUGUUGCUCUCUGAACUCGGCGAGGUGUUCACAUUCGGGUCGAAUCAAUGGGGCGCGCUGGGUGCGGGCGACCUCGUGAUUCAUCACCGCGUGGUGCGCGUGCGCGUACCGCGGGCCAUGGCCGUCGCCGCCGGCAGCAACCACUCCGCUGUACUCACUAGAGACGGCGAAGUAUAUACUUUCGGCAGUUAUCAGAAAGGAUCUCUUGGUCGAGCUCGUCAAGAGGAACCGCGGUCGGACCGCAGCCCAGUGUGGUACGCCACGCCCGGCCGCUUACCGAACAUCGGUACUCAGUACGGCUGCCGCGCUGUGUGGGUGACUGCCUCAGGCGAUCAGACUUUUGUCCAAGUCUCGCAGGCUUUAAUUAACACUGAUACGCUCUUUAGCUCCACGAUCACCGCCAAUUCUAACAGUAUAGUGAUUCUCCCAAAUCGACCAGAGCACACUUUCAAGUGCAUAACGAUAAAUAAAUCCGACGGUUCCUGUAACGCUUGGACGGGUCCUGAACAAGUCGACUUUGUUAAUACACUGGCCUGUCUUGAUCCCUUGUACGACGUAUUAUGGUGCUACCAACCACAAAUGCGAGUCAUGAAAUGCUUCAACAUAUUAGCGUUCGAUUCACACAAACUCCAGAGAUGCUGUUCCAAUGACCCCGAAGCGUUCUCGGAUGUCGAAUUCGAAUAUCCAAAUUACGGAUGUAUGAAAAGGUUGGAGGAUUUUAGACAGUUGGAAAAUUUUGAGUGGAUCUCGAACAAGGAAGAUCAGCCUGCAGAUAACAUAGCGCUGUCAAAUAUGUCGGUUCUUAACCAGGAACUAGCCAUUCCUUGCACACCGGGUUGCCAAGUUACGAGAAUACAUGCGGCGCUACAUUUGCUUGGAUGCCUGGAUUCACUUACGUACGCUCACGAAACCAAACCAUCGAUGGUGGAAUGUAAGCGUGACAACGCUGUACAACCGAUAAUAUCUGUCGUUGAGGACUACCUAACCGUGAACCGGUUUGAGAACCACGGCGCAGGUUGGGGUUAUUCAGGACAUUCGGUCGAAGCCAUCCGUUUCAUGUGCGACAGCGAUAUUUUGCUUGGUGGAGUUGGACUUUACGGAGGUCGAGGCGACUAUACGGCGAAGAUACACCUUUUCGACAUCGGCACGGAAGGCGGAGACCAAGAGGGGGAUGGCGAGUUAAUGUUUGAGACCGACGAGAUUUUUUACGAGUGCGCCCCUAAAGACAAGUACCCGCUGAUGUUCGAAUCCCCAGUAGCCUUAGCAGCCAACAGGUGGUAUGUUGUGUCAGCUACUAUCAAUGGACCAUCCUCCGAUUGUGGAUCCUCAGGACAAGCCACGGUUAUCAACGACGAUAUAGGCUUCCACUUCAAAACUUCCAAAAAGUCUAACAACGGCACGGACGUGAAUGGGGGUCAAAUUCCCUGUCUAUUGUACAACACUAUGGGGCCGGAUCAUCCGAUGCCCAUCAAACACUUGGACCCGGCGGAGCCAGUCAUCGUUCUGAGCAAGAAUCUAUCGAGGAAAGUUACGGUGUCGUGCUUCCGCUCCCUGAUCGUCCUAUUGCGUUGGAGUUGGAAGACCUUCAAGGAGAUCAUACUGGACACAAACGGCCAAUUACCCAUAAACAUACAGAAACUCACCAUAAUGAAGCAUCAGAAGCGACUGGUGUACAUUAUCAGAGCUGCACUGAGACUUGUGAAAUCUUACAUCAAGGAAGUAUAUCCCCAGAGUAUAAAAAAGAGGAACGCUCUUGACUAUAUGUCUUAUUUCGAGUCCAUAGCGGAUGUUCGGAAUUUCAUCCAAAGUGUGAUAGCCGAGGAGACUCCGACGUGCGCGAUUUUGCCUCGGAAGCAACGGCGUAGCAAGCCGCAUAGAUUAUGCUAUGUGCAGUUCGCUCUGGAGAUGACGCAUUCCAUAUUACAGGAAGCACAUGACACAUUUAACGCUUGCUUUUACGCGUUUUUCCCCUCACCGAUACUCAAAUGGAAUCAUCUCUGCUAUAUGCUGUACAACAUUAAAGAAGGGAGUGUUGCUCCAAACCAGAUUCGCGAGUUGACGGCGACGUGUACGGCGAUGUGUCAAUCGCAGAGUCUCCGUGACGUCUUGCAGUACAUAGUGCCGAUGACACAAAACUACACAUCGCAGCAAGAGGCACGUCGUUCUGACUCUAAGACAAUGAAAGAUGUACCGUGCAAAUCGGCGACGGUACCAAGAUCAUCACACGCGCCAAAGCCACCGCCAGUUCCGCCGCGAGCGAAGGAUUCUCACAAGAGUCAGGAGGGCGAAGGAAAGUCGAGCUAUUUAGAAUGGCAAUUACUGGACGUAGUACCGAGACUCUUGGAUGUGGUGUUGAACCCGAUCAAGCAACAGUUGUCGCAACGACAAUGUGCGACGGCGCACGACCAUGGCGAAUUGCAGACGCAAGAGAGGCUGGCUGAUUCUUGCUGCAAGUUAGCCGCACGCAUUAUUGCCGAGAUGUCUUUCAGUGCAUUAAUGCUUAGGGAAGAGGUCGAGUCAAGGACGAUGAAGCCCAUAAUAUCGCCGCCUCGUUUCAUGCGCGUAAACUCAGCGCGUACCUGGAGCACGGGCAACGGAAGCCCGGAAGCGAUCUGCUUCACGAUCGACCGGCGCGGAGUAGCGCUCGCCGGCGCCUGCGUCUACGCCGGCGCGGGACAUUACGACUACUUCAUGGAAUUGUUGUACGAUAUUCGGACUACUACGGAGGACGCGAAUCAGACUCAUUGUUGGGUGACGGAAGUGGCCGUGGAGGGCUCCUUCUCCGCCGCAGACGCGAACCACGAUAUGGUCCAAAUCAAGUUUGAGACACCCGUUCUACUAAAGGAAGACACCCUGUACGCACUGCGUUUGAGUUGCGAAGGUGCCCGGACCGCUAGCGGCGAUUGCGGGCUUCCGGCAGUUACGGGACCAGACGGCACCACUUUCCAGUUCUCGUCCUGCCCCCUGAGCUUCAAUGGCACUACUCUAGCACGGGGACAGCUGCCGUGCCUUAUUUACUUCAGAACAAGUACGAUCGACACAUUACUUGGCAUAGACGAAAGGCCCUGUACGACCAACUCGGACAUAGCGAACACCGGUCGUAUCGAGACCGAUAUCGCAACUAUUCGCAAAGCUGCCGUGGCCGUGGCAACGUUAGUGGCAGAACGGGCGGCGAUGUUGCUAGCGGCUUUAAGAGGACUGUCCAUUGAUGAUUUGCGACGCAUAGCUCCUACGUUGGCAACCGCUCCGGCGCUUAACACGCUGUUGCCCUUUGCAUUGGCUAACUUGGAAGGCCUCCAUGACUCAAAGAGUGUCAUUCGCCUGCUGGAAUUGGUCCACAAACUCCUUCCUCAUGUGGCGGCUAUGAACCUCAUGAUUCCGAGCAGUGAGGAAAUCACCAACACCACGACAAGCCAUUAUUACACUUGGUUAGAAAGCGACCACCCAUAUAAACAGGCCACCGUCACCAAUAAAAGGGUGCUGUUCCCUCCACAAGUGGCCUGGAUUGUACUCGAAAUGGAUCCACGCAGCAUCACUGCGCAGCCUGAAGAUACCUUAACUAUUUACGCAGUGGCGGGCGCACCCAAGCACCGAUGUCAUUGCACUAACGACACCCGCAUGGCUGAUCCGCCCUUCCGUAAGCGAAUAGUCCAGCUGACGUCGGAGUCCGGUGAGGCUGAAGAACUAGAGGAGACAAUUUCAGACGCUCCAUGUAUGCAUUAUAGCUGCACAUAUCUCAGCGUGACACCCAAAUUGUCAAAUAUACCUUCGGACUGGCCGCAAAAAGCUUUAUUAAUACCUGGAAAUGAAGUUAUCUUCUCAUUGGAGACCGCGUCGGACUAUUUGAAUGGAUAUAACAAGUCUAAUAACGAAGAAAGCCGCUUCGGAUUUCGCUGCUUGUGCGUUGGAUACGAGGACGCUCCGGUCGCGAGCGCACGAGCCGGAUGCGGAAUGGGUCUCGCCACAUUGGAGAUGGAGCUUGUACACCUUGGAGCCUCGUGCGCAGCUCGCCUCUUGGCCCCCGAGGUGGACCUACCGCCUCUCACUCGAGCGAUCGUUGCGGAAGUGCAAAUGCAAGCCAUGAUAACAAACGGCGGAAGUGGAGGCACUUGCGUCUCCGGCGUCGCUGAGGCUUCGGGAGAAGCUUGUGCGGAUGAAUCCGAGGCACUAAUGCUGUCUCGAGGACUCGAACUCGCGUCACCACCCGCUAUCCACAAUGUUCUUGAUGGACAGCCGCUGCUACGGAGCGUAUCAACGGAGCGGCAGUUCCUCUCUGACUUUGUGGCCGGACACGAGAGUACAGCUGGAGGUCGGCUGGCGAGGUGGUUGGCACCAGCUUCCCGGGUAGAGCCUGCUCGCUGCGAGAUUAAAGCCCCAAUGGGACCUGUGAAACUUUCUGCGAUUCUUAGUUUACCCAUAUUUAUACGUGAUCAAUAUGGCGAUUCGGUCGUUUCACCAACUCUGAAAGUAAAGGUCGUCGUGCAGAGAUUAGAAACCCGAACCCCGCGGCGCGAUCCACUGUCGCCUGAAGAGCUUGGAACAAUCAUCAAUGCCCCGUACCAGCCCACCGUGGAGGACAACUCUUGCUUCCAGGCCAUUACGGUGAUGGAGGAAUACAAAAAUUUUUCGUUUGAAGAACUGCGUUACGCACGUGGCGCCUUUCCUGGAGCUCGUAGGUGUUAUGAAAGUGCGGUGGGAAUUGGUAGGAUUCCCACCGAACGCAUCGUCGUCGACGCCCAACGCGAUGGGUCGUACAUAGCCGUGUGGAGCCCUCGGGCCUUCGGCUCUUACAUCCUCCGAUGUACAUUGGAUGACGUUCCUACGUCUCAGGAUCUAAAAGUUGAAGUAGUACAGAGCGUUAACGACGAUUCAGCCGCAGAAAGGUGGAUUGGCGCUACUGCUCCAUACCGAUUGCGACGCUUUGCAAUAGAGGACAGCGCGGGUUUGCGAUUGCGGACCAGCCCCAGCCUGCAAGCCGAGGAACUGGGGCGUGUGCCCUCCGGGGCUUACAUUGCUGUGGUUGAAGAGCUGGUGAACAAAGACGGCACUUGGGUGCGGUUAAGUGCUGAGUCGGCAAAGACUUACACAGAAGGCAGCGCGGAAGUCGCGUGGUGUCUGCAGUUCCACGGACAUCUGGAUCGCACGCUGCUGGUGCCGGUGGACGAUGACGAUGCGCAGGAAGAAAUGGCGCCAUGUUGGAGUGGAUACACGGAAGCGCAACUAACUGAGCUACCUUCUGGGACGGACGACGAGGCCGAUGCUGCAAGCAACGAUUUGAGCACAGAUGAUCGGCGAUUCCCUUUUUCCAUACAAUGUGAUCUCGCCAACGAGAGUGACAGUAGUACUAGCCCCUAUUUGUUCGGCGAGCCGAGCAAACGAGGGCGUCUCUUGCGUAAUGAGGCCAACUCAGUGAUCUACCCUAGAAUUCCUCCUCUUCGCACACCUCGGCGGAGCAACGGCAACAGCUACGAGCGGUGGUCCCCAGUAAAACACAGAUCCAGUGACAAUGUGCGAAACAAUGAAAACAUGGAAGAGACUGAAAUUUUGGAAAUACGCGAACAAAAUGUAAAACCGAAUCGAAUGGCGCAAACGGGCACGCAAACAUCGCCUGAGAAUAUGGACAGAGACGAUUUGGCUAACUCACGUUUUGCACCUAAGGAGGAAAGGGAAAGUCCAAAACGGUUUUCUCGAGAGCACUUAGUGCAUUCUCGCAGCCGACGCAGCAUUUCUCCACCGGCCUUGCCCGCGCGGUCAUCAGUGCCGCGCAAGCACGCCCUGAGUCCCGCGCAGGCUGAGUGCGUGCGUGCCGUGUUCGCGGCCCUACUCUGGCACGAAGGAAUUGUGCACGAUGCCAUCGCGUGUGCAGCCUUCCUGAAGUUCCACCCGACGUUGCCGAAGGCUGGAGCUCGAGUUGUUACCAGACCUCCUCACGACGUGCCCCUGCCACGCCCGCAGCGACAUUCGGUGGAGGUCUCCAAUGCGGGCCAAUAUCAUCACAUUCAUUCGUCGACUCUAGAAACGUUAACGCGAUCCGGCAUAGAGGCAAGCACUAGUCGUGCGCGGAAGUCUGAUAUUAACCUGCCCAUUCACGAAGAAGACGCUUCUCACGCCGCUGACUCAGCUCCGUCUCCUUCAGUGGUGAACGUGCUGCCACCCGCUUUGCGAGCCCUGGUCGCGCUGUGGGAUGCCCUUAACGAAGCAGACCAACUGACUGCGGCUACUGACAAAUUUAAGAAAGAUAUGACCGAGAAAAAUGAAAAUGGAGAUCCAGGAACUACUAUGGGCUUUAAACCUGAUGUAAAGAAAAACACACGCCCAAAGGUGAUACGUUCAGUGAAAUGUGAGCUGUGUGGCGGUGAUAGCGUGUUUCCUCCACUGGCGGAUCACAUGCGUAAGAAGCACCCCGGCUGCCACGCGCCCACGACGCGCGGCUACGACCGCGUCGGCGUCUACAAGCAGGCAGACUCCGUCACCACCGGUAGCGGGCACGGGUCUGAGUGCGGGGUACUCGCUCAAGACCUUAUCGGUGUGAAAAUUCGAGCUACAUUAUCAGCGUACCAAUUGUGGUACAUUUACUGCGAGAAAUGCCGCGACCGGGCACUGAAGGCCACUUCGAGAUUGAUGAAUAAACCGAGUGUGGAAGCUGAGCGAGCGCCUGUCACAGAACGUGCUAUUUCCGAAGUCGACCACCUGUCCAUGAGAGAUAACGCUCUAUUCCUGCUUGACCUGGCGCCUUUGACGAAUUCGGAACCAUCAAGUGCUUCUUGCUGGCGUGAGCUCGGAGGUCGUAGCCCGCCCACGCCCCCGGGCAGCGUGUGGCAGCCCGCGCCGCCCUUCCAGUGCUUGACGGCAUUGGGCGCCGCGCCCAAAAGUGUUGCACUGCCCGAUACCGCGAGAUAUCAUUCCCUCGGUCGACCGAUGCCCGCUGCACAAUUAUUGGAUCAAGGGCCAUCAACAACAGGCACAUCGGGCGGGCAAUGGUCGCGAGUGCCGCGCUCCGUGUCUAUGGGGCAGGCGGGAGGUCGAGACCUGGCCCAUGCGGCCAGACCACCAUCCACUAGCGUCGAAGCUGAUCCGCAGGACACUUUAUCUGGAGCUGGAUCGUCAUUACUAGCUCAACCGAGCGCAGCUCUACAGAAACUUGUGGGUGUAUCGGAGAACGAAGGGUGCUCGGUGUCGGCGUUCGAAGCGCCUCGGGUGGAUCCUCAGACACUGAUGCAGAGCCCCGUCCUUGGCUUCAUACUGGGAAAGAGGGAUUUGCCCGCCUGUAGACAGAAGAUCGACGCUGCUGUUAGAAUUAAUACCGUCAGACAGUACGCUUUCGAGUCGUUAAACUGGAUGCUGCGUUCAACCACUCAACCGACGAGUGUUCAUGACGUCAUGUGGUGGUUCUGCAAUGCACUGGAGCAGUAUGCGCGCAUAGAACCACCGCCAUUAGUCAUUGAGGACAAUAAGGAGAAUGCGGUCAUCGAAUGGAAUCGCGGCGCUGUGAUUCCAACAGCAUCAGCAGCCGCGAUUUGCCCGGGAGGGCGGGCGGCGCGCGGCUCGCGGGCCGCCUUCCACGCCUUCCUCGGCUCCAUAAGCGCUCUGGCUCCUUCAUUGCCACCCGCCAGCGCUGCGGCGCUUCAGGCAGUACGGUGUUGGGCGCUACAUUAUUCGGCGCAUGAUCGGGCGUUUCUACACAGAUCGCAAGUGUUCAGCGUGAUAAGCAAAAUCCUGUCGCACGCUGAGGACGGCGCCUAUGACGAAGGCGUGCUUGGUGCACUUCACGAGAGCUAUCACAGUUAUAUCAACAAGCAGCAGAAUUUCAUAUGGAGUUGUCCGGACGUGACCGGGUGGUGCGAAGUGAGCGUGUCGUCGCGAUCGGGCAUGGCCGGCGCGCUGACCGAUGGCAGCACGGAGACGUUCUGGGAGUCGGGCGACGAGGACCGCAACCGUGCCAAGUGGCUCCAAGUCUCGUACGCGGGACCUUCCUAUCGGGACAAGCCGCAUGUACUGUGCAUACAUGUCGACAACACGAGAGACACUGCGAAUAAGACGCUGCUGAUGUCCUUCUUGUACAGCGGCGGAACAAGUGACAUGUCUCAUAUGCAAGAUAUUGACGUGGAUCCUAAAGCAGCUACAUGGGUCUGCUACACUCUUCCAAGAUCUUCCAGUUCAUCGGUUCGCGUGCGUUGUGAACUGCGUGGGCCGGAGCCAGCGGUGCGCGUAAGGCAAGUGCGCGUGCUAGGGGCUCCUGCCGCCACCCCUGACUCCACUGAGGCGCAUCCGCUACACCUGCUCGCCGAGAGAGACACUCUGAGGGUCUUUAGACUCCUCACCUCACAGGUGUUUGGCAAACUGCUGGAAUCGGACCUGAACACCAGCAGCGAGUCGGGCGAAGGUGCGGCCGCGGAGGAGGCGGCCGGCGACGACAGCGACCUGCGCGAACACGUGGUCGGCAUACUGUUCGCCGGCCACAAGCUCACCUCGCUGCAGCAACAGGUGAUGUCUCACAUAGUGUGCGCGAUCGGCUGCGAGGCGACGCGCGUGCGCGACGACUGGGAGACGACGUUGUUGUGCGCGGAGGUGAACGAGCGCGACGGUCAGACGCCGCGGGCGCCGCUCGCGCAUCACUCGCAAGACAACUACUGCUUCGAAAUGCUCUCGCUUUUGUUGGCGCUAAGCGGCAGCGCGGUGGGACGCGCGCAUUUAGCGCAGCGAACCGAGUUGCUCGUUGACUUGCUCGCAUUGCUGCACACCGGCAGCGAACGGGUUCAAAGACAGGUAAUCUCCUUGCUUCGACGAAUGAUCGCGGAGGUGCCUCCGCAAAAAAUGCUAUCCGCUCUUAACUACGGCGGCGAUAUGACAGCACGAGUGACGUUGCUGGAUCAUCUCGUGUGUUACGUGGGUAAAGCGAUGACCGUGCAAGUGAAGGUGAAGGGCGCAGGCGCGACGAGCCCGGGCACGGUGACCCUGGGAGGCAGCGUGACGCCCGCGCCGCCCGCCGCCUGGUUCAUGCGCGGAGAAACCACUCAAAAACAUGCGCAUCUUGUAGCCAGGCUGAUUUCUGACAUGGCAGAGGAUAAAGUGUCCGAUUCAUGGGGCUUGGACACGCGAACGGCGCUAGCGCAAUACGUGCGUGCGGUGGCGCAGAUAGAAGAAUCGGACCGUCACCCGGCGCGCUGUAUCGCGUCGCCCACUGUUUGGCUCGCGCUGGCGUCACUUUCCGUCUGCGACCAUCAUCAUAUUGAACUUAUGAACCGCUCAAAUGAAGGUCGUGAAUCGCGCGGGCGUGAUUCAGUAGCGGAGGCGCGGCCACAUUGCUCCAACCACGACGACGGCUCCACGCUAGCCGUCAUCGAGUGUCGAUCCUGCGGGGCGCUUUGCUCCGAGUGUGACCGCUUCCUGCAUCUGAAUAGAGCGGCCCGCAACCAUCAAAGACAGAUCUGCAAAGAGGAAGAAAGUGCCAUCCGUAUCGAUAUCCAUGAGGGAUGCGGGCGAGCGAAACUGUUCUGGUUAUUGCUGUUAGUGGACCGAAGAACUUUGAAAGCCCUGGUGGAGUUCCGGAGCAUCGAUGGCGCUGGAACUUCCUCGGCGGGCGCAGCGGGAACCGCGGGGGGCGCGGGAGAUGGGGAGCAGGCGGGGCUUGCCGGCACGUGCCGCUUUUGUGGCGCUCGCGGCAACUCCGGCCUGCUCGCUAUCGGUAACGUGUGCGCCGACCAACAAUGUCAGGAGCACGGGCGGGAAGCGUGCAGCCGCGUGCUGGGGUGCGGGCAUCCGUGUGGCGGCGUGCGCGGUGAGCGCUCGUGCCUGCCGUGCCUGUUCGGCUGCGCGGGCGCCGAGUCGUUGCGGCAAGAUGCCGAUGAUAUGUGCAUGGUCUGCUUCACCGACCCGCUGCAGGCGGCGCCUGCCAUACAGCUAAGUUGCGGACAUGUUUUCCAUCUGCACUGCUGCAAGAAAGUCUUGGCAAACAAGUGGGUGGGGCCACGAAUAACGUUUUCUUUCGCACAGUGUCCCAUUUGUAAGGAGGAUAUGGUACACUGGACCCUAGAAGAGCUGUUGGCUCCGAUACGGCGCCUGUGCGAUGAAGUGCGUCGGAAGGCGCUAAUGCGGCUGGAGUACGAGGGGCUCGGCGCCGGCGGCUCGCGCGGACGCUCGCUCGCGGACCCCGCCACCUAUGCCAUGGAGCGAUACGCGUAUUACGUCUGCCAUAAAUGCGGAAAGGCGUAUUUCGGCGGGCUUGCGCGUUGCGAAGUGGAGAGUAGCGGCUGGUGGGAGCCCACAGAACUAGUUUGCGGCGCCUGCAGUGACGUAGCGGGCGCGCGCGUCUGCCCGAAGCAUGCAGCAGACUUCUUGGAGUACAAAUGUCGAUACUGUUGCUCUGUAGCGGUAUUCUUCUGCUUCGGGACGUCGCACUUCUGCAACGCGUGCCACGAUGAUUUCCAACGCGUCACCAACAUUCCCAGGCAUCUCCUGCCGCAAUGUCCUGCCGGUCCGAAGGGUGAACAACUGCCAGGCACCUCGGACGAGUGUCCAUUGCACGUGCAGCAUCCACCAACUGGCGAAGAGUUUGCGCUCGGCUGCGGCGUAUGUCGCCACGCGCACUCGUUUUAAGUGACCGACCUGCUUUCCGUCUUCCUUCUGGCGCAGGUUUCUGCUCCACAAUAUGUCCGUCUAUUGUUCGUGUCCCACCCCGCCGGAAAUGACCGACCAUUCCAGAUUAUGAUUCACCCUUGAAACUUAGGACUGCAGACCUAAGUUCCAAGCCUGUUCUAUGUUUUCCACAUCUUUGGCUUCUGCUUUGCCCUAUGUGUCAAAUAUCAUGUCAAAAGUAUGAUUUUAGGCCUUAAUCUAAGGUAAACUGUACUUUCAACACGACAGUUGACACAUAGCGAGUGAGCGACUGUGCCCGCCAUACUUUCUGGAUGUUUCCAUGGAGAAGGAUUAUAAAAUUGUAAAUUUAGUUAAAAUUUAAUAGUUUCGUUGUUAACUACUAGUAAAAUUUUAACAUCAAAUCUGUUGCUGAUGUAGAUGUACAUAAAUGUGGUUAUGACCAUACUGUAAGAUUCAAAUUCUGGAACGACUGGAAUAGACGGCAAUACAACACUAAACAGAACUACAAUCAUCAGUUUUAAAAUGCUUGAAUUGAAGAAUUUACUCGUAAAGAAAACAUUAUAUUAUAUAAAUACUUCAGGACUUCAGAUAUUAUUCUGUCGGCAACUAGAAGAGGUUGCCAUCUCAACCUGUCGCGCACUAUAGUUGUAGUUUGACGAAUGCAAUUACUUCUGGUUGACCUAAACUCUUUCACUAUUGGCUUAAAUGCACAGUUACAGCAAAAUACCCUAAAUUCAGCCAAUCACAACAAUUGCGAUUAUGGUUUGGUUUCACUUUCGGGAUUCGGUGUGAUUUCGCGGAUUAUCUGGCCGAAGACGUCAAUCGUUCUGCAAAGCGUUACCUUUUGCGCUAUGGUAAAUAUACCCGAACUCGAACCAUAUGCCGAUAGUAUAGCCGUACCAUUAGAGCGGUGAAUCAGAACUUUCAACUAACGAACCAUCCAUUGGCUGUUUCGUUUAUAAG